AUGUUCUCGAUCUCAGUAUCACCCAUUUCUGUGGGAUCCAAUGUCUUCUUCGCCUUCGCUCUCUGCACAAUUUCCAUUCUCGUCCUUUUCCUCUUGCGCCGCUUCCUAACUCUCCGAGCCACUCCAGCCUACCUUAUAGUUCCUAUCUUUUUGGCCCUCGCACUACCAGCCAGUGUUGUUUUACUCGUCCCCAUUGAUUUAGCAUCCAGCUCUCGCGAUGGCAAUGGCCCCAAGGCAAUUUGGUUGCCUGAUCGCAUGGUGCUGGUCUGCUGGCGCAUCUCAUACUGGCUGAUCUUCAUGUUGACUUGGGCUAUCCUUCCAUUGCUCGGCGAUUAUGUCGAUUCCGGAUACCGCGAACCGAAAGCCCGCAUCAUAUACUCUCUCCGCAAGAACGCUCGGCAUCAGUUGAUUGUUCUCACCUGCGCAGUGGUGGGCUUUAUCUAUGUGUCCAUUUCCAACGGCUUUCGAUUCACCACCUCCAUCAAAGGACUGGUCAUGGCACUGGCAUAUGUGUGGGGUUUGGUUCUAGCCAUCUAUCUUAUGGGCCAUGGUCUGGUUUCCAUCCCCCGCAAUCUAAUCCGCAACGGAAACGUGAGCGGUCGGUUGCGACGGAUCCAGGCUCAUGCGCCUAAGGUGCAUGACCGGUUGAUGGAUGCGGUCAAUGAGUUGGAAAGCCUCAACGGACAGGUCGCUCAGCUCCAGCAACGCAAGACAGGCACCGCCCGGGAUUUCCAGGAAUGGAUUGAGGAUCUUUCUGAGGGCUCAGGGUCUGCCGAUGUGCGGGUCCCCAUCCUCGAGGCUCCCGAGUCAUCCACUACCGUUCCCUCAGUGAUCACCGAACGCUACUUGGCAGACUUGACUAGACGCCUGCAGCGCGCCCGGCACAUGAAGGCCCGAUUCGUGGAUGAGUGGGAUCGUCUCGUUCAACUGGCUGCGGAUCUUCAGGCUAUAAUCAACUCAUCCGCAUCUAAGAAACUUGAAUUUGGUCCCACGCCCCGCCGGUCCUCAUGCCUCCCCCGGGUCAAGGUUUUGACACCGUAUAUGCGCUAUCAAGUGUAUUCAAAUGCCAUCCCCUCCGUGCGAAUGCUUUUCGGAGUCCUAUUUUCGAUAGCCUCGGCCUGUGUCGUCUGGUCAGAGUUGAUCAAGUCUGUCGCUCCUCAGUUGUCUGCGGUGAGCCUAACUGUGGUUCCCAAUUGGAAAGCAGGCAAGUCUCUUGGAUUCGGUAACCAGGUGAUUACUGCUCUCUGGCUCUUAUACAUGUGUUCUGCGGCCCUUGUGGGUGUGAAUGAUGUCAAGGUCUGGGGUAAUCGAGCUCUUGUGCGUCGGAAUACAUAUGGCGAGAGUGCCUGCUGGUAUGCCAGCUUGGUUGCUCGUCUAACCGUGCCAAUUGCGUACAACUUCUUGACUUUCUUACCGAAAGAUUUCCGCAGAGAAACUACGUUUUACGAUUUCUUGGGCCAGUUCAUCAACCUCACAUACCUUGGCACAGGAUUCGAUUACAUCUUCCCCAUCUUCAUUUUGCUACCUGUCUGCGCUACUUUGUUCAACCUGUAUGGCCGCAUCAAGAAACUAUUCGGGUUUGGUCCCGCUGAGGAUGAGUUCAACGACGUGGAGAACAACCCUUCUGGCUACGGAAUGGGUGGCUGGCGCGAAGGUCGUGAUCUCAUCGAGCGCGAGCUGAAUGGAUUCGGUUCCUUGGCCGUUUCCUCGCGUGGAACUCGCUCCACCUGGGCAGCGGACCGCGACGAGAGUGACUCCCGAGGUUCGUCUCGUCUACGAGUCCCCGCUGCCGAGGGCUCAAGAUCUUCCGCAACCACACAGCGACCCGUUACCGCACCUACUGUUGUCGACAGUGAGGAAGAGGAGGAAAAUUUCUUCCAGUCAUUUGCCCACCGUGUUCGUAACACCUUCGAAACCACCAAUACACCACAGUGGUUUCAAGGAGAACCGUUCCGCCUUCCUCGUUGGAUGUCAGGCGACAAUACCACAACAGAGGAAGGUGGCGUUACUAGAAUGUUUGGUGGCAGUGCAGUGCCUGGUCGUGUUCGUCUAGGAUAG